AUGGCAUUCAGAUUCCUCGCCCUCGCCGCCUUCGUGGCUUGCGCUAACGCCGGUGCCAUCCACCAGUCGGUGGCUCAAGUCGCCGCGGCUCCAGUCCUCUACUCCGCCCCGGUUGCCAAGACCGUCGUCACCAAGACCGUCGACGCCGAGUACGACCCCCAUCCUCAGUACUCGUACUCCUACGAUGUCCAGGACCAGCUUACCGGUGACUCCAAGAGCCAAGAAGAGCAGCGCGACGGUGACUCCGUCCGUGGCAGCUACUCCCUCCUCGAGUCCGACGGCACCCGCCGCACGGUUCACUACACCGCCGACGACGUCAACGGAUUCAACGCCGUCGUCGAGAAGGAGCCCGCCACCGUUGCCGUCAAGACCGUUGCUGCUGCCCCAGUCGUCAAGACCGUCGCCGCCGCCCCCGUUGUCAAGACUGUUGCUGCCGCUCCCGUCGUCAAGACCGUGCACGCUGCCCCAGCUGUCCACACCACCUACACUGCUGCUGCCCCAGCCCUAACUUACUCUGCUGCCCCAGCUGUCCACACCACCUACGCCGCCGCUGCCCCAGCUCUGACCUACGCUGCUGCCGCCCCAGCUGUCCACACCACCUACGCUGCUGCCGCCCCAGUAGUCAAGACCUACGCUGCCGCUGCCCCAGCUGUCCACACCACCUACGCUGCUGCCGCCCCAGUAGUCAAGACCUACGCUGCUGCCCCAGCUUACACCGCCUACUCGGCCCCAGCCUACACCCAGACCUACGCCGCUCCCGCCGUGCACUCUUACGCCCAGACCUACGCUGCUCCGGCCGUCCACUCCUACGCCCAGACCUACUCCUCCCCGGUCGUCACUAAGUACGCAGCUGCCCCAGCCGUCCACGCCACCUACGCCGCUGCCCCAGCAGUCCACGCCACCUACGCCGCUGCCCCAGCCGUCCACGCCACCUACGCCGCUGCCCCAGCCGUCCACGCCACCUACGCUGCUGCCCCAGCCAUCACCCACACUGCCUACGCAGCCCCCGCUGCCCACUACACCAGCUCCUGGUAA